UUUAACCUUAUUUAUUGAAUACAUCAUUUAAAAUGGCAAGAUUAAAUCAAAUUACAUCCAUGUUGUACACAUCAUAAAGCUUAAAGUGGCAGCUAAAGAAUUAACACAGCAGCAGGUCUGUUCAAUUCAUGCUCAUUAAGCUUCACGUGUGCGGAUCUGAAGGGACUGAUCAUUUGUAGCCUGUCCACCUAUUAGUUUUGCAAACAUUAAGAGGGAGGAGCAUUUCUAAUUAUGGAACCCAGUCACUGGUGUGGUUCAUCAUCAUGACUGAAUUAACAAAGCUAUAUAAAGCAAUGGAGAUCACCUUUGUCUACAGUGGGUAAAAUGGAAUUUUUGCUGCUUACACUGUGUGACGAACAGGGAGACAUCACUGUAAGAGUCUCACAAGACAUUUCCCAAAGACUACAAAAUGAUAACAGUUUAGCAGCUGCACUUAUGCAGCAAGCAAGGGCUGCAACAAAUGCACAAGUCCCUUUAGAUCUGUCUUCAGAUGCUAGGCCUGCUCCUGAAAGGCCUGCUCCUGAUGAAAGACCUGCUCCUGACGAAAGGCCUGCUCCUGAUGAAAGACCUGCUCCUGACGAAAGGCCUGCUCCUGAUGAAAGACCUGCUCCUGACGAAAGGCCUGCUCCUGAUGAAAGGCCUGCUCCUGUAAGGCCUGCUCCUGUAAGGCCUGCUAGAUCCCAAGCUGGCACUCCUCACCUGGCAUCCCCCUCCAGCCGGUCAGAACACCUUGAGGCAACACAAGAUUUCACACACAACACCAUACUGCUGCUUUUGGACCUGACAAAAACACACCAACAGGUGUACUAUCACUCCAAACCCGGUUUUUACAAAAUUCUACAACGGCAGUUCAGCAAGGAGGGAUACAGUUUCUCCUCAGACAAAAUCCGGAAAAAACUGAACAACCUUUUGACCACCUACAAAAGGGCCAAGGACCGUUGUACCUCAACAGGAGAGGGGAACAUAACGUGGGAAUAUUAUGGGAUAAUGGACAACCUGUUUGGGAGGUGCGGUGUUGGGAGCGCACCUCCAGGCACUCUUGUUUCCACCCCUCUAUUACCCACUGCCUCACAACCAUCCACCACACUGCCGUGUGCCUCUGAGGCCCAGCCUGGUCCCGCCAUGACCCUGCCCACCACACUGCCGUGUGCCUCUGAGGCCCAGCCUGGUCCCUCCAUGACCCUGCCCACCACACUGCCGUGUGCCUCUGAGGGCCAGCCUGGUCCCUCCAUGACCCUGCCCACCACUCAGCCGAGAUCAAUCCGGUCUCGAGUCUCCCAUCCCUCCUUCUACGACCUGUAUGAGGCCCACUCGGAGAGGAGGACCAGUGCACUGGAGACACUGGUGCAGCCAGAACAGGAGCGCCGGAGAAGGCUGAAGGAGAGAAAUAGGAGGAGGUUUGAAGCUAAAAUGUUGACUGCGAUGGGAGAAGUUGUUUCCCAGUUAAAGUUCAUUGGGAGCCAACAAGAGCGCAUCAUUGAGCUUUUGCAGGACAAGCCCAAUAUGCCAUAAUUUCCCCCACACUGGGUAUUCCCUGAAUUAAUUUGUUUAUAAAGAACACCACCUCAGUUUGUUUAUGGAAGUAAUAUUGUUUAGAUUAGUUAUUUAUUUUCCUCGUUAUGCAGUUGAGUUAUUAUUUCAUCCCUGGCAAUUGCCUUGUAAUAUUUGUAUUUGUAUACACUAAGUGUUCACAAUGUUUAUAUGCAAUUAUUAUUUAUUUGCCAAGUACAUGUGUACAUAUGUAUAUAUAGUUAUUUCAUUUUCAAAGAAGAUAGUCAACUGCUAUUGACAUGUGCAGAAAAUGACCAUAUCUAGUUUUCAUAUACCGUAUAUGCAUUUAUUUUUUACUUGCCCAAUCAUUUUGGAUGACAUUACAUGUUACUUGUUAGGCGCUUUAAUCCAAAGCGACUUACAUACUCAAUACUGUGGGCAUAAAAGGAAAGGAAAUAAAAAACAAAUGUCUUCCACAAAGAAUAUGACAGUGGUUAUUUGUAUGUGUGUGUGUGUGUGUGUGUGUGUGUGUGUGUGUGUGUGUGUGUGUGUGUGUGUGUGUGUGUGUGUGUGUGUGUGU